CCCACAUUAUCUCCCUCCUUUUUUAACGACCAUGAAAUUCAACCUCACCUUCUCUCAUGGCCAUUCUCUUCUUCCUCUCUCUCCACCCUCCAAAACCUCUCCAAAAUCCCAACACCAUAAUCUUCAACGCCCGAAAACACACCUGUACCUUCCUUAACAGCGUUUCCAAGAGAGAAUUUUUCUUCAAAACUACAUCACUUGGUGUCAUUUACCUAACUACUCAAAACCCGCUUGCACAGUCCUUAGCCGAAACUUCUUCCCCUUCAAAAUCGGUACUUUCAGGCAUUGCCAACACCAAAUCUUGGUUCCAGUUUUAUGGCGAUGGAUUUGCCAUCCGGGUCCCUCCUCAGUUUGAGGACAUCAUGGAACCAGAGGAUUACAAUGCUGGACUGUCUUUAUACGGAGAUAAGGCAAAGCCAAAGACUUAUGCUGCACGUUUUGCAUCCCCGGAUGGAUAUGAAGUUCUAAGUGUGGUCAUUCGUCCCACCAAUCAACUCAAAAUUACCUUCUUAGAGGCUAAGGAUAUUACUGAUUUAGGCUCAUUGAAGGAGGCUGCAAAAAUCUUUGUUCCAGGUGGGUCAACUUUAUUCUCUGCUCGAACAAUAAAAAUAAAGGAAGAUGAAGGUUUCAGGACUUAUUAUUUCUAUGAAUUUGGUAGAGAUGAACAACAUGCGGCAUUAGUAGCUGCAGUUAACAGUGGAAAGGCAAUAAUUGCUGGAGCAACUGCCCCACAGUCUAAAUGGGACAGUGAUGGUGUGAAGCUUCGCUCCGCAGCUAUUUCAUUAACAGUUCUUUAGACUUGCCAAUAUCUCAAUUUUGCAGCGAUUAGGUUUCCAGCUAUUUUAAUCCGGUUGGAUAUUUGGAAUCUUUUUGUGAAAGCAAAAGACCAGAUGCAAGUUUGUUACCCCUACCAAAUAUUGCAACAUGAAAUCUGUAUUUCAAGUCAAUGUUUUGACCUACAUUCUCAGCUUUUGGGAAUCAAGAACAGAAGAGAUUUGGCAGAAGUAGCUUAUCUUGCCUUGGGAGAGUUUUGGCCUCAGAAAUUUUGUUUUAUUUUAUUUUGUUUUGUUUUUUAAUGAGCUUCUUGGAUUCCUUCUUGUAUGUGGAAUCUACAACAUGACUAAUUGGCCACACAUCAAUUUUCAGUGACUUCAUCCUAAUGGCAACUUUUAUUUACUUUAUUAA